GGCACCACACCGGAAGUAAACAUUCACUGGGAAGUGUCACGUACUAAACGUACAGAAUGUAUUAAUUCUGCUUUAAUAAUCCGCCAAAUUAUUCCUUUAUACACUUAAAAUGGAUCGAUUUACGUGGGCUAAUGGGCUUCUCGAAAUGAACGAGACUUUAGUGAUCCAGCAGAGAGGAGUCAGACUGUAUGAUGGAGAUGAGAAGGCAAAGCUUGACGUAGGAGUUGUUCUUCUGAGCACACAUCGUUUACUUUGGAGGGACCAAAAGAAUCAUGAGUGCUGCAUAUGUAUACCACUGUCUCAGAUCAUAUUCUUUGAGGAGCAGGCUGCAGGCAUUGGAAAGAGUGCCAAGAUUGUUAUUCAUCUGCAUGCAGCCCCUGCCAAUAAGGAUCCCGGACCCUACCAGCACAGCAAGUUCUCCUAUAUUAAGCUGUCCUUUAAGGAACAUGGGCAGAUUGAGUUUUACAGGCGGCUGACAGAGGAAAUGACCCAGAAGAGGUGGGAGAAUACACCAGUGUCGCAGCCCAUUGACACCACAGCUGGACCAAAGGCAGGAAGGACACGCGCAGUAGGGAUUGUUGGCAUUGAGCGGAAGCUGGAGGAGAAGCGGAAGGAGACUGAUAAAAACAUUUCAGAGGCCUUUGAAGAUCUCAGCAAGCUUAUGGAGAAGGCCAAAGAGAUGGUUGAGCUGUCCAGAUCCAUCGCCAACAAAAUCAAAGACAAACAGGGCGACAUCACAGAGGAUGAGACUAUCCGCUUCAAGUCCUAUUUGCUGAGCAUGGGUAUCGCCAACCCUGUAACCAGGGAAACGCACGGAUCUGGCACACACUACCACAUGCAGCUCGCUAAACAGCUGGGAGACAUGCUGCAGGCACCACUGGAGGAGCGAGGUGGUAUGAUGGCCCUUACAGAAGUCUACUGUCUGGUGAAUCGAGCCAGAGGCAUGGAGCUUCUCUCUCCAGAGGAUCUAGUGAACGCCUGCAAGAUGUUUGAGUCUCUAAAGCUCCCUCUGAGGUUGCGAGUGUUCGACAGUGGUGUGAUGGUGGUUCAGCUGCAGUCUCACAGUGAAGAGGAGAUGAUUGCGUCUGCUCUCGAUAAUGUGUCUGACAAGGGUUCCUUGACAGCCGAGGAGUUUGCUAAACUUUUAGGACUGUCUGUUCUUCUGGCAAAAGAGAGGCUGCUGCUGGCUGAGAAAAUGGGGCACCUAUGCAGAGACGACUCGGUGGAAGGCCUGCGUUUCUAUCCCAACUUGUUCUGAUGCUUGAGUACGAUGCUUCAUCUGCAGUUUCUACUGUACGACUCUUUCAGGCACCUCUGUACAGAACAGAACACUGCUCGCUCUCGCUGUGUGGCCUGGACUUGUGGGACUCAGAACAACCACCACUAUUCAACCACUGUAUAAUAAUACCAUAAUAAUUAGCUGUUGGUACAGCCUUGUGCAAGUGUUUGGGUACCUAUGGUCAACCGACACUCUAACUCUAUGCUAACUUAAAUAUGACAGUACUCUCUGACAAUAAAAUAUGAAAGAAAGAAAGAAAGAAAUGUCUAAUUUAAGUAUAUAACCUUAGUCAUAUUUUAGAAUGCACUUUAGUGUGUUCUCUGUAGAAAAUGUGAACUUACAUUUAUACAUGUACAGUAUUUUGACAAAGGAUGCCCAAAAGUUUGCACAAGAAUAUAUAUAAAUGUAUAAAAAAAUAUAAAUGUCAUAUCUAUGUUAACUGUAAAAAACACAGUUGCUGAAUAAGGUAGAGUAGGCUGUCCUAAACAGUGUGUCUACAAUCCUAAACAGCUUAGUUGUGGCUGAGGGCCUUGGUUGACAGCGUGAGGUAGUAGACUGAAAGGUUUCUGCUCAGCUCUGCUUAAAGCAGGGAUGCUCAUUCCUGGUCCUGGAUAUUCUACCAUCUUGCCGAGUUCAGCUCCCCCCCCUAAUCUUACACACCUGAUCCAAGUAAUCAAGGCCUUCAGGGACACGAGAACAUUCUAGACUCAGGUUUGUUAGAUAAGAAAUCUUCAUAAUCAUAGAUGAAAGUAUCUAGCUAUUUUUCCCCAAGACUGUUACUGCAUUUGGACUUUAAAGGGCAGCUUAUAUGUUCAAAAGGGUAUCUAAAAUUUUAAAAACACUAUAAAAUACCAUCAACAUGAACAAAUAAAUCAUUUCAUGGUGUAUAAAUUAAGCUGUUCUAGACAAAUGUAUGCAGCUGGAAUUUUUUCAUAAAUGCAGAGAUUAAUGGGCCUGCCACCAUCUGAACUGUCUUCCACCACAGAUAUUCAACAUGUAAUUAAAAACCUUUGGUAUAAAAAUUUCAA